CAACACCAUCAUCAACCCCGCCGUCGAUGAAGACGCGGGCACAUCGACAUUCAAGUGUGGCGGCAUGGACAGCGUGGGCAGGACCAAAGUUGAUCUGCCAACCUCGCCACCCUGGAGUCCUUUGGGCUUUGGCCCUUCAACGAAUCUAGUCCCACACUGCACACGACGAAUCCGUCGUCAGGAAGUCGUAGCGUGCAACAAGAAGGGCCUGCGGCCACCGCAUCUCCACAAUCAUGUAGCGAGUGUAACGCCACUAAAGCAGAUCAAGAAGGCUGCUCGCUAAGGCCGAAAUGGGAGCAAGAGGAGCUCGGAAACAACGGAUUGAUUUGACGGGAUCUACUCCGUAGCCCUGCAUCACGGAUCUAGAUCGGUAUUGCUGCGCUAACUCGACAAAGCACCGAUGCAAUGCUAUAUCAACGCACACUCUAGCAUUUCUGCCAGGGAAAGGAUUCAUGCCUUUCCUGUAUUUUGUCCUUCUGAAGAGUCCAAGCCAUUGCUGUUCUUGAUGUCCGGAACCUUCAAUGGCAUCCUAGCGAUAUUCGCAAGUUCAUCGGCCUGGCUGACCAUAGGAUCCUGCCCACUGAUCAGACCUCCUAUGGUCAUGUUUGGCCUGUUGCACCGUGCUGCAUCCAAGGGCCAGGCCGAGGAAACGCAAGGUCAGUUCAACUCAACUCUGCUGUACCGCUGGCCUGGUGGACCUGUCGUUCUCGCGAAGAUUAAAAACAAAGCGGGUAAUCAGGUAGCUCAGAAACGCGUCGGGGGUUAUUUUGAUUGUAGAAAAAUCGCCGGUAUCGAUUCCGACCAAAUCUGCCGCGUGGGCUUCAGCCUCUACCGUGGACAUGUCAUGGAAAAUCACUUCGACUGGAUUUGAUACAGCGACCAGACCCUCCGGCGCUGUUAGGCCCAUUCACCGCUUGCCAAUCGUUCUGACCUGAACCUUGAGCUCGUGUUUGUUCUAACUCUUGGAUUCAUUUCUCGUGUCGACCUUGAACUAAAAGGACAAUUUGACCUCGCACAGCUUCGACGUCUCCCUGAAAGAUCGGCCAUUUUGCAUUGAUUGAUCUAUUGGAAGGAGAGGUCUAUCGCGGAGCUCUCGUCACCACGUUGUUUCAGCCGGCUUUGAACAGCCUACCACGCAGAUGCUCGGCUCCAUGCACGUGGCGCGAAGAAAAAAAUAUGUGGUCUCGAGCUCAUCCGUACAUAGACAAAGAUCAUGGUAAAUGAUAUCUAUUACAAAGCUUUCCGCGACUUUCAAGGAUCGAGUCCUCUAUAAGGGCCGAACGAGUCGAGGCUCACGUAGGAUAGGUCGAGCUGGACAAUAGCCGUGAAUCUUAGCUCUACCAGCAUGGCCACUGCAUUUUCAAUUUCGGGCCUUAUCACUGCAGCACGACGAUCAAGCAAAGUAUGGAAUGGCUUUGAUUUUCAGCAGCAAUCGAGUUCGUACGACAAAAUCAAGUGUCAAUUGCAAAGCCUUCCAGAAACCAUGUGUUGCGGCCGCUCUCGGUUUUACUCUCUUCCUGGUCCAGAUUGCUGAGGUAGUUUAUCGCAAUGGCUGUCACGGCACACAUUGAGUAUUUGUAGAGAAAGAGAGACGCCAAGAACUGGACAUGUCUGCUUUUUAUCUACGCCUCCUAAUUGAUCUUACAUAAAAAUUAAGAGAUCAGCUUAAGUUAUACAAGAAAACCGUGAUGGAACUCCGACAUGGUUACAUUAUAGUCAAAAUGAAGCA